AGCUGGUUUUCCGAUGUAUUUGAAGGAAGGACGCUCCUUGCUGCUGAAAGUUCACAAACCAUCAGUCCCAUUUGUGCUCAAUACAACAAACCCAAUUCUCAGUUCAAACCCUAAACCCCAAAUCGAACCCAAUCAAGAUCAACCCUUUCUCAAAGAGUCUGAUGUGUUGCAGAGGUUGAAAUCCGAGCACCACUUGGGCUCUGCGUUAGAGUAUUUCAGGUCAAUUGCCAAUUCCAGAGCUUUUGAGCACACCCCAUUGACGUACCAUGCCAUGAUUGAGAAGCUUGGGAGGCAAUGUGAGAUGGAUGGUGUGCAGUACUUGUUGAACCAGAUGAAAUUGGAGGGAGUUGGGUGCUCUGAGGAGCUGUUUAUAAGUGUGAUCAGCUCGUAUCGGCGAGCUGGGUUGGCUGAGCAGGCCUUGAAGAUGUUCUAUAGGAUUAGGGAAUUGGGGUGCAAAUCCACUGUCAAGAUUUACAAUCACCUCUUGGAUGCUCUGCUUAGCGAAAAUCGGUUUCAGAUGAUUAACCCGAUAUAUAGCAAUAUGAAGAAAGAUGGGAUGGAGCCAAAUGUAUAUACGUAUAACAUUCUGUUGAAGGCAUUGUGUAAGAAUGAUAGGGUUGAUGGUGCUCACAAACUGCUUGUUGAAAUGUCUAAGAAGGGGUGUCCGCCGGACGCAGUGAGCUAUACCACUGUAGUGUCUGCAUUAUGUAGACUUGGGAAGGUAGAGGAAGCCAGGGAGCUUGCUGGUAGGUUUGAACCCAUUGUGCCUGCUUAUAAUGCUUUGGUGAAUGGGGUGUGCAAGGAGAACAAAAUUGAGGAGGCUUUGAAGUUGUUGGUUGAAAUGGUGGAUAAGGGUAUAAACCCUAAUGUUAUCACGUACUCAACGAUUAUUAAUUCACUUUCUGAUACGAGGAAUGUUGAGUCUGCUCUUGCAGUUUUGGCUCAAAUGUUUGUGAGAGGAUGUAGCCCUAAUGUUCACACCUUUACUUCCUUGAUAAAGGGUUAUUUUGUGGAAGGGAGAGUACACGAAGCUCUUGACUUGUGGAAGCAGAUGAUUCUCGAGGGAUUUAAGCCAAAUAUUAUUGCAUAUACUACUCUGGUACAUGGUCUCUGCACUAAUGGAAAAAUGGGCGAUGCUGUAUCUGUUUGCCAUGAGAUGGACAAAAAUGGCUGCCCUCCAAAUGUGACCACAUAUAGCACUCUGAUUGAUGGCUUUGCCAAAGUUGGUGACCUUGUUGGUGCAUCUGAGACUUGGAACAAUAUGAUGAACCGUGGUUACCGCCCUAAUGUUAUAGCAUAUACAUGCAUGGUGGAUGUUCUCUGUAGGAAUUUUAUGUUUCAUCAAGCUCAUAGUCUUGUAGAAAAUAUGGCUGCUGAAGGUUGUCCUCCGAAUACAGUUACAUUUAACACGUUUAUCAAAGGGUUAUGUGCUGAUGGAAAGGUAGAUUGGGCUGUCAACAUGCUCGAUAAAAUGGAGAAAAAUGGGUGUUUUCCUAACAUUACAACAUAUAAUGAGUUACUGGAUGGUCUCUUCAAGGCGAACAGAUUCGAAGAAGCUUAUGGAAUUGUCAGGGAGAUGGAAGAAAGAGGGAUGAUAAUGAAUUUGGUAACUUACAAUACCAUUUUGAAUGGUUUUUGUCAUGCAGGAAUGACCAAGGAGGCUAUGCAGCUUUUAGGAAAGAUGCUGGUAAGGGGAACAAAGCCUGAUGCGAUCACAUAUAACACGAUUAUAUAUGCCAAUUGUAAGGAAGGUACGAUAAGCACUGCGAUUCAGCUGUUCGACAGAAUUGGUGCAGAAAAGGAGUGGCAACCAGAUGUAGUAGCUUAUACUAGUCUUGUGUGGGGGAUUUGUAAUUGGGUAGGUUUAGAUGAGGCCAUGAUUUAUCUAAAUAAGAUGGUAAGUGAAGGGAUCUGCCCCAACACGGGCACAUGGAAUGCGUUGGUGCGGUGUUUCUUUAGCAGUUUAGGUCAUUUGGGGCCAAUCUACAUGCUGGACGAUAUAGUUUGCAAUCGAUAAGAAAACCGAGUUAGAUGCUCUUAUGGAGAAUCAUCUAUUUCUGCGAUGAGCUUACAGACAUGCUUACACAUUAAAGUCCAGUUACCUGUGAAUAUCUAAAGUAGCUCAUACGCUCAUCCCUUGCUUCCAGAAGUCUGAGCAAGCUGUUAGUGCAGUUGUACACCUUGGAGGCCAUGGAAAAAUGAUGCAGCAGCAAUUUUGGGUCUGCACUGGAACUUUUGCAUUGCCUGAAACCUGAUGGAGGCAAAAGCCAACGCACCAUACUCCCCAGAAAUGCUGCAACAUGUCACUGAUCUUUUUAACAUUUUUUUCUUAUGGCAUGUCGCUUUGCGCUCUUGUUGUAGCAAUGUGCUAGUGUUUUUCUGCAUGUAAUCUCCAUAGUUUCGUACUCUUUUUUGGUCGAAAAUGUAAUCCGUGUUAUUUGCUCACUUAUGUAUGAAUCAUGUUCGUGAGUUGUGAAUAGAAAAUUUUGGCUGCA